GCAGUCUGCAAAGGAUUCUAGACGUUAACGGUUCUUCUUGAAUACCCAAAACCCGAUAAUAAAUUGCGUAUCGUGCGUUCCAACAGUUUCUGAUUGUUUAAAUCGAACACAAAAAGUCUUCUUCAAUUCGUGCUAAAAAGUGAUAGACAAACCAAAAUCAACCCAUAAACAAUUUUUAAAAAUUAAGCAAAAGAUUCGUGGACAAUUUGUGCUGCAUUUCAUUAAAUUACGUCCGAAGCAGAGAAGGUAAUAGGGAUAUAGAGUGCAAGUGUGAUAUAUAUUCACACCCAGACACACGCACGCCCAUAAUAAAUCUAAUAAAUAAAUAAGCGAAACACAUAAGUUGAAAUGGAUUCUGCUGCUGCUGCUGCCGCCAAGCGCGUACAAAUCGAGAAGGCGCACAAUUUUAUGCGCCAGUAUCGUGAUCCAGAAUCGCGCGAGCUAAAGAAACUAUCAGCCAAUCAGUUUAUGGACGUGUGGGCGCACUACGAUAAAGAUGGCAAUGGUUAUAUUGAAGGCACCGAGCUGGAUGGCUUUCUGCGUGAGUUUGUGUCCAGCGCCAAUGCCACGGACAUUAGUCCCGAGGCUGUCACCGACACAAUGCUGGAGGAGCUGAAGUCCUGUUUCAUGGAGGCCUAUGAUGACAAUCAGGAUGGCAAAAUCGAUAUCAGAGAGCUCGCCCAACUUUUGCCCAUGGAAGAAAAUUUCCUUUUGCUCUUCCGCUUCGAUAACCCCUUGGAAUCAAGCGUCGAAUUCAUGAAGAUUUGGCGUGAAUACGACACUGAUAAUUCUGGUUACAUUGAGGCGGAUGAGCUUAAGAAUUUCUUGCGUGACUUGCUCAAAGAGGCCAAAAAGAUCAAUGAUGUCUCCGAGGAUAAGCUCAUUGAAUACACAGACACCAUGCUACAAGUUUUCGAUGCCAAUAAGGAUGGUCGUUUGCAGCUCUCGGAAAUGGCCAAACUACUUCCGGUUAAAGAGAAUUUCCUUUGCCGUCAGGUAUUCAAGGGUGCUACCAAGCUGACCAAGGAUGACAUUGAGAAAGUUUUCUCGCUAUACGAUCGAGACAACAGCGGCACCAUUGAGAAUGAAGAACUUAAGGGCUUCCUCAAGGAUCUGCUGGAACUGGUAAAGAAGGACGACUAUGAUGCCCAGGAUCUGGCUGCUUUCGAGGAGACAAUCAUGCGCGGCGUUGGACGUGAUAAACAUGGCAAAAUCUCGCGCAAAGAGCUGACAAUGAUCCUGUUGACUCUGGCCAAAAUAUCGCCAGAGGAUGAACAGUAAAUUGUUGUUGUUGGCCCAACAUAUAAAGCUAAAGAUUCCAAAGUCACAACAAGCAGACACACAUAUAUUUUUGUUACCAAUUUGGGUAAAAUAAUGCAAAUGCGGCGAGUUGUUCUUUGGCCAGAAGCCAAAAUUGAUUACUUUAAAACAAAACAAAACAAAAAAACUAUAAACUAACCGCCCGCAACAAGGAACAGCUCGAGGACAUAACCUCCAAAAGCAGGGCGAGUCCUCAAAACAAAGCAAAAUAAAUUAUUGAUAGAGAGUAAAAAUUUGUCGAAAAUAAAAUAAAAACAAAAAAUAAAAGCUAUUUAAAAGUCAAUGUUUCAAAUUAAUUAAAUGUUUAUGCAUGUUAAGCUUUUGAAAGUCUAUUUCCUAAAACGAACAGCUACCAAGAAAGCAACAAAGAACAAAGUAUUCGUAAAACAAAACAAAAAACAUAAAAAAACUUAAAAAGAAAACUUACGAAAUAUAAUAAAUACUUUUUGACAAUGCAACUCGAAACCAGCCAUAAAAUAUAUAAUACUAACAACAGUACAUCGAUUUUAAAUUCAGUGUUGUCUGAGAUGAAAAUUUUGGUAUAUACAUUUAAUACUCGUAACGAUUAUAUUUUCUAUUUCAAAUGUAUUGCAUAUUCAUUUAUAUAUAUUUAUAUAUAUACAUAAAACGAACAAAAAUGAAUAACUAAUUUAAUUUUUGACUUAAUUAAAACUUAGCUAAGUGUAAGAGCAGACACUCAACAAUUUAUUGCAAACACAAACGAAAACAAAUACAAAUAAUAAAAAUGGAAAUUAAAUUAUUCGAUAUGUAUGUAUUAUUAUUAUGUAGCGCGAAUUUUUUAGAUAAUUGUUGUUAAUAUUUGUGUGUACUUAUAAUAAUUAUUAUAUUAUAUAAAUGUAUGUUUAACGAAUAUAUAUACAUAUAUGUAUAUGUAUAUAUUUUGAUGCGUGUGAUUUUUCUGCUUAGUUUUUGGAGAAUUUAACUUAAUUUUUGAGUGUACAACUAUAAAGAAGAAAUAGAACAAUUUCAAAAAUACAAAAUUGCCCACACACGAUUACCAAACACAAGAGAUGUCAUCAAACAUUUUAACUUGGUAAUUUUUUAGUGCAUAAGUUUUACCAAAAAAAAAAAAAAACAGGAAAUAGGCGCCCAGCCAGCUAAUAUCAAUCAAGGCCCCCUUGCCGUCAAGCAGCCAAUUGGCACUCGAACACGGCGCCCCAGGCAGGUAAUACACAAAAAAAAGAAGGAAACACAUCCAAAAGAGAGAAAGAAAGAAGGAAAAAUAGAAAACUAAAAAAUCUACUUACAGGCUGUCAAGUGACCUCCUCCCAGACCUGUCCCCAUAGCGUGAUUUGAACACAUGUCGCAAUUGUGCUCGUCCUCGUUCCUGUCAUUGAUUUGAAAUGGCAGCGGAGGCGGGUGCGAGGGGUCGGUGGAUAUUUUAAGGAGGGGCUUGGAUACUGCAAGAAAAAAGAAGAAGCAUAGAAAACAUUACGAACCUGAUACUUUUACCUUUGUGCAAUGCCGUUAAUUGUUUCAAAUCUAUGUUCAAAUCUACAUCGCUAUACAUUCUAAAAAAAAAAAAAUGAAAUAAAUAAAAAACUCUUUAAGCGUUUAGCAGCUGCUUUAACAUUGUUUAAAACUCCUCAAGGUGCUAUCUCUAUUAUGAAUACUUGAAAAACCAACUAUUGGUAUAUUAGCUAUUUUUCGACUUUCAACUUAUUUGCCCGACCCUAAAACCAUAGCCAAAAAUCAUAUCUGCACAGCUUUAGCAAACUCUGCAAGAAAAAUAGCAAAUUUCGUAUGUAAAUCUAUUAAUGAAAAUACUCCCAAAAAUAGAGAACUGUACGAUGCAACAAAAUGCCAAGUAAAUGAAAACAAACAAAAGAUAAAACGUGAAAAAUGUCGUAUAUACUUAUAAAUAUAUAAUAUAUAUAUUAUAUCUUACUUAUGCUAUGUUUAAGAUGAUAAAUAAUUACAAAUUAUCAGAUGAGACACGUUCAACAGAAAUGCAUGUAAAGCUUCAAGGACUUUCAAUAUAAAACAACAAGAACAACAAAAAUUAAACAUACUCAAAAUCCAAAUACAUAU